ACAGAAGUGUUCGUUAUAUUAUGAUCAGUAGGUAACUAUUGCUAUAACCAUGCGAUUCGAUGUGAUUUUAAUUGUUUAGUUCAUUUUUCUAAAAAUUAAAAUAAUUAAUUUAUGACUGCAAUUGUUUUUAUGUUUUAAAAACGCAUAUGAUUUUAAAUACGCAGUAUAUUUUAAGUGUAUUAAGUGUAUAAUAUUAUAGACUAUAAGACAGUGUAUACAAACAAUCUACACAACCGAAAAGUUACACAUGAAAACUAAGAACAUAAAAUAAAAUACUAUUAUGAAAUACAUUAUGAUAUUGGUAAUUGUAUUAAUCUUUUAUGUUCAUGCAAUAAAAAGUUCGAAUAUACUUGUUUUUGUGCCAUCGCCAUGGAAAAGUCACAUUACUUCUUUCCAACCAUUAUUUUUGGAAUUAGCAAAUCGUGGUCAUAAUGUAACAGUAGUAUCAAAAUUUAUAGUUAAAAAUCCACCACCGACAUAUACACAAUUGAUUCCUUCUUACGAUUUUGAUAUUGAUGGAAGAUCGGAUUUCUUAAUGCGUGAACGGAGCAUUCAUUACUCAUUUUUCGAAGAUCCAAUAACACGUAGCACAGUAUUAGUCGACACAACAUAUAUGUUUUUAUCAGAUCCAGAAGUACAGAAAUUUAUUAAAUAUGAUCAAUCAACGUUUGAUUUAGUCAUCAUAGAAUCAUUCUUUCAAGAGUGCACUGUAGCGCUGGGCCAUAAAUACAGAGCACCAGUAAUUUCAAUCGUUCCCGUAACUCCUUGGGUAAGCGUAUCUCGAUGGACAGCAAAUCCUUCAGAUUUUUCAUACAUCAAGGACUUUAUGCUCGAUGGUGGCAAGUCAAUGACUUUCUGGGAACGAUUCACAAAUAGCUAUAUUGGGUUUUACUGUCUAUUUGUCGAACUCGUUACGUAUCUUCCAAAAUUGGAAAAUAUAAUGGAUACUUACUUCCAAUACCCCGGAUAUGAAAACCGACCUACAAUGUCGGAGAUGCUGAAGAACAUAUCGCUCAGUUUAAUCGACUCUGACGUAACACUUUUUAGUCCACGACCUUAUAUUCCGAGUUUUAUUGAAGUUUCUGGUAUCCAUAUUCGACCUAUAAAGCAAAUGGACGAGAGACUACAAGACUUUAUGGACGCAGCUAACACGGGUGUUGUCUAUUUCAAUUUUGGCACUAUAUUGAAUGUGACAAGUAUACCGAAACCGUCUAUGCGCAGUUUGAUUAAUGUAUUAGGCCGAUUAGAACAGAAGAUUGUCUUUAGAUGGAUUAAUAACGACACUCAAAGAUUCCCAACCAACUUUUAUGUCAACUCUUGGCUCCCGCAAAGAGAAAUACUGAAUCAUCCAAAUUGCAAACUUUUUAUUACUCACGGAGGAGUCCAUGGUAUUAUAGAGACAAUAGAUGCCGGGAUUCCAAUUAUUGGAUUUCCUGUUUUUGGGGACCAGUUUCAAAAUGUAAGAAGCAGCCAAGAAAAUGGUAUUGGUAUUAUGAGUAAUAUUUUUACGAUGACUGAAGAGACAUUUGAAAAAGAUAUAAAGCUUAUAAUUAGUGAUAAGAAGUUUUCUGAAAAUGUUAAAAGAAUGUCUUCCAUAUUUCAUGAUCGACCGAUGUCAGCGCUGAAUACGGCGGUAUAUUGGGUGGAAUACGUAAUCAGAAAUAAAGGAGCUCAUCAUUUACGUUCUGCAGCAGUGGAUUUAACGUGGUACCAAUAUUAUUUAUUAGACGUUAUUGCAUUUCUUAUUAUAAUUUUAAUGUUUUUUAUUUGUAUUUUAUAUUUUAUUACUAAACGGAUUAUGAGAUUUAAUAUGUUCACUAAAAAGAAAACAAAAACAAUUUGGAAGCAUCAAAUAAAAAUGAAAUUUAUUUCGAUAUUGGUACUUAUAGCAUUUCAUUGUGCUCCUGAAAUAAAAUCUUCAAACAUACUGAUUUUUGUACCUUCGCCUUGGAAGAGUCAUAUUGUGUCGUUUGAACCAUUGUUUUUAGAAUUAGCACAUCGAGGUCAUAAUGUAACGGUGGUAUCAACAUUUGUUGUAAAAAAUCCACCGCUAAAUUAUACACAAAUUGUUCCCAAAUAUGAAUUGGAUUUAGAAGCAGUAACAGAUGCUGUGUUGCAAGAAAGUAACAAAUUUCAAUUUUUUUUUGAGGAAUUGUAUAUGCGAAAUGUAAUUGGUAUCGACAUCACUGAAACUUAUGUAUCAUCUCCAGAGGUACAAAGGUUUAUUAAGGAAGAUCAAACCAAGUUUGAUUUAGUGAUCGUAGAAUCUUUUUUCCAAGAUUGUACAGUUGCUAUGGGUCAUAAAUAUGGUGCCCCAGUAGUUAGUAUUAUUCCAGUAGCACCUUGGGUUACCAUUUCUCGCCAUGCUGCCAAUCCUUCAGAUUUUUCUUAUAUUAAAGAUUUUAAGUUAAACGCUGGGAAAUCAAUUGAUUUCCAAAGUCGAUUACUUAAUACUCUAUUUGGUUUAUACGGUCUGUUUAUUGAGCCAAUUACGUAUAUUCCACAAUUAGAAAAGUUGAUGGAUACAUAUUUUCAAUACCCUGGAUAUGAAACUAGACCAUCGAUGACAGAGAUGCUCGAAAAUAUAUCACUUAGCUUAAUUGAUUCCGAUGUAGCAAUUCUUAGCCCACGACCUUACGUUCCAAAUUUUAUCGAAAUUCCUGGUAUUCACAUACAACAUAAUAUAAAGACAAUGAGUAAGACCUUACAGAAUUUCAUGGAUUCAGCUAACGCAGGUGUUGUGUACUUAAAUUUUGGUACUAUAUUAAAUGUGACUAGACUACCAAAACCAUCACUAGAAGUUUUGAUAAAUGUUUUGGGACGACUAGAACAAAAAGUCUUGUUCAAAUGGACUAAUAACGAUACCCAAGGAUUCCCAGAUAAUUUUUACGUCGACUCUUGGUUUCCACAGUUAGAAAUUCUGAGGCAUCCAAAUUGUAAGCUUUUUAUUACGCACGGAGGAGUCCAUGGAAUAAUGGAAACAAUAGAUGCUGGAAUUCCGUUCAUCGGGUUUCCCGUUUUUGGGGAUCAGUUCCAAAAUAUAAGAAUUAGCCAAGAAAAUGGCUUUGGGAUUAUGAGUAAUAUUCAUACAUUGAACGAAGAGACUUUCGAAAGAGACGUUAAUAUAAUAUUAACUGAAAAAAGGUUUACAGAAAAUGCUAAAAGAAUGUCUACAAUAUUUCAUGAUAGGCCGAUGUCAGCACUUGAUACGGCCGUAUAUUGGGUGGAGUACGUUAUUAGGCAUAAAGGAGCUCAUCAUUUACGAACUGCAGCAGUGAAAUUAACAUGGUAUCAAUAUUUGUUAUUAGACGUUAUUCUUUUUAUUAUUACGAUUGUAUUAUUAUUACUCUAUAUUUGCUAUUUUAUUACUAAAUGUUUUAUGAGAUCAAUACUUAAAUUGUUCAUUAAACAGAAAACAGAUUAGUUAUUAGCGAAAUCAUAAAAUACACGGUGAAAAUAGAUUUUCUCAAUUUAUAAUGUAAUUUACUUUGGUUAUCUAUAAACAAUAAAAGUUUUUUGUUUAAUUUUAGCUUUUAUAUAUAGGUACCAUUAUGGAACGACUGUUACAUUAUUUACAAACAAUAGUUACUAAAGUUAAAACAACUAUUUACUAAAGUUGUGAACUAUAUAUUAUUUAUUGAACGCUUAUUAUAACUGUAUAAAAGUAAUAUGGAGAUAUUAAAAAAAGAAUUAAAGGUAUUGUUUUAUAUUUUUAUAGUAAGUAUUUAUUAUAUUUUAACUGCCUACAAAUAUCUGAUAAUUUAUUAUAUACAGUGUACAUUUUCUGUUAAAAAAAAAAAAAUAAUAUAGAAUUUCUCUGUAUCGUACCUAUAGGCUAUAAUUAUUACUAAAUAAAUUGUAUUUUGUUAUAAAUUAUAAUAUCUCCUAAGACCACUUUUGAAAUCCAAACUUUCACUAUCUUUCACAAUAAACGUACCAUAUACAAGUCAAUAAUUCUACCAGUUUGGACAUACGGUAUUCAUUGCAAAUCCAUCCAAUACCAACCGUUUCAGGUUCUUCAAUCCAUCUUCUUACGACUAGUAACGUUUUAUUCUUGUUAUUAACAAACAAUAAUCUUCACAAAAACCUAUACAUUCCUACCCUUAAUAAAUUAGCAAAAUUAUAUAACUUUAAAUUUCAUACUAACAUAAACUCUCACAGUAAUCCAUUAAUCAUACAACUAUCCUCCAUCUGACUUUCCGGUAAUGUACGUAGAAAACUCAAAUACAGUAGCCUAGAGGACCUCCUAAAAUAAAAAAUUAAUAAAACAAUAGGUAAUACCUAAAUUAUAUGAAUAUAAAUUGUACCUACAAAUUUAAAUUACAAAUUAAGACAUUUUAUAUGAUGUCAUACAUACAUGCAAAGACGCAAAUUAAUCUUAUAAAGUUAUAACUAUCAUUUGUCAAAAAUAAAAAUUAGAAAAAAUAUUGUUCUCAAUAAUAAACCUCAAAAUUAUUCCUUUCAUUUUGCUUAUUUUUGAUAAAAUAUAAGUUUCACUUUAGAAAAAGUAAUAAAUAAAAAUUAUUUA